AACUCGGGAACUGCUCAGAUCAUACUGCUAUGAGCAACAUACAGCACUUUGACGGCAACGACGUUGCCACGCCCAUCACGUCGACUUCACAAUUUAUUCAAGCAGACGAUGAUGACGACUUGGAUGAGGACAUACCCGCAUUCACGCACCCUUCGCUCGGCACACCGCAGUCUGCUGUAGACAAGGGCAAGGGACGCGAACCAGAACGGCUCGGGUCGACUUCGGGCGCGUACGCCGCUAGCCCGGUGUCUGGUAACAUUGGGAGCACAACGAAUGGCGGUCCGCGAUCUGCACGGAGUACCGUCGGUGGCGUGCAGGUCGAGAUGAGGUACACAGGCAUAGACACGCUGGACGAGCCGAUCUCCACUACAAUUGGCCGUGAUCUGCUCUCCAUCUACACGAAACUGGUGCAUGUGUUGUACCCCCCAAAAGCUGGAGGACGAGAAGUCUUAAGAGACUGGGAUCUGUGGGGUCCCCUGGUCAUAUGCCUGACGUUAGGCAUUCUACUAAGUAUCCGGGCAUCUGCUUUGCAAUCACUUUCUAUUUUCACCAGUGUUGUAUGUCUCAUGACAUUCGGAUCGCUAAUAGUGACUGUACAAGCCAAAUUGCUCGGUGGCCGAGUAUCCUUCUUCCAGGGACUGUGUGUCUUUGGAUAUUGUGUUGCGCCAUUGAAUAUCGCUGCGCUGGUGGCGGUGUUUGUGCGUCUAAUCUUUGUCCGUGCUCCUCUGACGCUUGCGAUGUGGGCAUGGUGUGUCUGGGCGGCAGUCAACUUCCUCGACGGAACAAAAUUGGAGAAACAGCGAACUAUCCUGGCCGUCUAUCCCCUUCUUCUCUUCUAUUCAAUAUUAGCGUGGAUGAUCGUCAUCAAAUAGUUGUAUCGACCUGCUUGUGCUGUCACUUAAUGCAUCCUUAUCCUCCUCGGUCUCAAAAAUUGCAUAUCGAAUCAUGCAUUUUCUGCAUUCGGUUGCAAUCUAGCUGUGGCACGCUGC